CUUGGCUCACUGCAAGCUCCGCCUCCCAGGUUCAUGCCAUUCUCCUGCCUCAGCCUCCCGAGUAGCUAGGACUACAGGCGCCCGCUACCACGCCAGGCUAAUUUUCUGUAUUUUUAGUAGAGACGGGGUUUCACCUUGUUAGCCAGGAUGAACAAAUGUUUAACAUUUUGCCAUAUUUAAAUCAGACUUUUUAAAAAAGAAACAAAAAGUUACAGAUAUAUUUGAAGCCCCUUCUAAUCUCAUUCCAGGUCCUGUUUCCUUCCCUUCCUCUCUAGAGGCUGCCACAACAGGGUAUUACAAGUAUUUUUUUACACAUCUACUGUCUUUCCCAUGGAACUGAGUUCCUUGAGAGCAGGGACAAUGACUUAUCCAAUGUUGUAUCUCUAGUUCCUGACACAGAAAGGGGCUCGGAUAUCAUAGACAAGUGGAUGGAAGGAGAGGUGGGUAGAUGGAUAGAUAGACACAUAGAUGAAAGAUAGAAAGAAUAGAUGGAGGUGGCCAGGCAUGGUGGCUCAUGCCUGUAAUCCCAGCACUUUGGGAGGAUGAGGCUGGUGGAUCACGAGGUCAGGAGAUCGAGACCAUCCUGGCUAACACGUCUCUACUAAAAAUACAAAAAAAAAAAAAAAAAAACUUAGCCGGGCGCAGUGGCGGGCGCCUGUUGUCCCAGCUACUCAGGAGGCAGGAGAAUGGUGUGAACCCGGGAGGCGGAACUUGCAGUGAGCCGAGAUCGUGCCACUGCACCCUAGCCUGGGCAACAGAGCAAAAUUCUGUCUCAAAAAAAAAGAAAGAAAGAAAGAAAGAAAGAAAGAAAGAAAGAAAGAAAGAAAGAAAGAAAGAAAGAAAGAAAACAUGGAGGAUAGAUAUCUGAUAGAAGAAAGGAUGGAUAAACAGGUGUGGGCGGCACACUCUUUCCUUCUCUGGCCCCACCAAUCAUGCUGCUGGUGGAUGGAAAGCGGCAGAUGGUGGUGGUCUGCCUGGUCCUUGAUGUUGCACCCCCUGGCCUUGACAACCCUAUCUGGUUCUCAGCCGGCAAUGGCAGUGCACUGGAUGCCUUCACCUAUGGCCCUUCCCCAGCAACGGAUGGCACCUGGACCAACUUGGCCCAUCUCUCCCUGCCUUCUGAGGAGCUGGCAUCCUGGGAGCCUUUGGUCUGCCACACCAGGCCUGGGGCUGAGGGCCACAGCAGGAGUACACAGCCCCUGCAGCUGUCAGGGCCUGGGCAUAGCACUGGGGAUGCCCUCCAGAGUGCAUGGCCCAUCCCCGAAGACUCAUUCCCUUCUCCUUGGACAACAGGAGAGGCUUCUACAGCCAGGACCUGCCCCCGGGAGCCUCUCAGGGGCUCCUGCAGCUCCUGAGUGGUUCCUCCUCGCAGGGACACCGGGUGGGGCACUGUGGCUGGGGGUGCUGCGGCUGCUGCUCUUCAAGCUGCUGCUGUUUGACCUGCUCCUGACCUGCAGCUGCCUGCGCGACCCCGCGGGCCCGCCGCCUUCCCCCGCAGCCACCACCCGCCUGCGAGCCCUCGGCUCCCACCGACUGCACCUGGCAACGGAGACUGGGAGACGAGAGGCCACCAGCUCACCCAGACCCCAGCCUCGGGACCGCCGCUGGGGUGACACCCCUCCGGGUCGGAAGCCUGGGAGCCCAGUCUGGGAGGAAGGGUCUUACCUCAGCAGUUACCCCACUUGCCCAGCAUGGGCCUGGUGCUCAAGAUCUGCCCUCAGGACUCCUUCCUCCAGCCUUGGAGCAUUUUUUGCAGGUGACCUGCCUCCUCCUCUGCAGGCUGGAGCUGCCUGAGGGCAGGGCUCUACCUCCCCCGACCCCGUCACACUGUGUGAGGCUGUGUCUCUCCCAUCUAACAGGGGGCCCCUCGAGAAUGGUAAUCCACCCAGUUACAGGGGCAUUUAGGGAGCAGAUGACUGAGAACAUUAAUAAAGAACUUAAAUGACACAGCAAAUGAAAAA